GGUGUCUGAUACAUUCGUUUUUACCGAAGUGAACUUAUUUACAGUUUAAACAUUUUUGUAAUUUAAUUUUUUCGAUUUCUCUGUUUUCAAUCUAAAUUAAAAUAUAUUUGAGUCAUCAAAAAUAAUAGGGUAUUUUAUCAAAUUUAUUUAUAUUGAACAAUAUAAGUCUCAUGUUACUUCCAUAAGUAAGCAAGUUUUGUGAAACGAUGGCAUCAAGUCAGAUUGAUAAGGUUCUUGACAUAUACAAGAUUCUUUCGCAAAAUCCUACUAUAACGAAAGCCAGAAUUACAUCAAUUGCAAGAAAUGGGAUUACUAUUCAGAGUCACUGGGCACAAAAGAAUUUGGAAAGACGCUCAAAGCAGAAAUUCAUACAGGACUUCAGUCUUGAUGCAGAAUUAAAUCCUCUUGUUGAAAGUUUUCCCGUUGAUGUGUCCAAUGAAAUCCUGAGUACUUGCUCGGAAGAUGAACAAUAUAAAGCAAUUUUAAGGCAAAGUACAGUUGACAACGUUGCAAAACAAUUUAUCGAAAUUUGGGAUAGACAACAUUUAGUUAAAAAUUAUGAUCUUUCAGUAUAUGAUGCUCAUGGAGAAAUUUACACUGAUGCUGAGUUCAGUUCAUUUCAAUUUUCACCGGAUAAAUCGAAAUUACUCUACAUUGCUGAGAGAAAACUUCCAAAAUGCGAACCUUUCUACUGUCAAAAAACCCGAGAAAAGAGAGAAAGAGAAAUUUACGACAUGGAAGUAAUAUUAAGGGGAAAUGAACAUGUUUUUAAACCACAUUGGGGUGAGCAGUUAGUUGGCAAACACAAAUCAGUUGUCGUAAUUGUUGACAUAGUUGAGGAUACGAUAAAAAUUAAUCCAUUUAUUCCUGAUGAAUAUUUUGUUGGACAAGUAACUUGGACUCCAAAUGGCGAAUAUUUAGUAGGUGUAGCUUGGAAAUGUGAAGCAAGAUAUUUAGGAUUAUAUGCCUGUACAAAUAGAGCCAGUUGUAUUUUUCUCUUAAAAACUGCUGAAUUCCGAAAAAUAUCGACCGAUGGUUGUUGUGCACGUUCUCCACGAUUUAGUCCGGAUGGAAAAACUCUCGUGUGGUUGGAACGAGAUCUGGAAAGUACACAUCACUCAUGUCAAAGAUUAAUGCGUGUCAAAUGGGAAACAGAUGAGAAGACAGAUGCACUUAUUGAUAUUGUUCCUAAUUGUAUUUCGAUCGCACAUGAUAAAAAAUUCUGCGGUCUAUACACUAGGAGUCUUCCACGGCGUUGUUUUAGUAAUGAUUCCAUGUAUGUUUUCUUGAGUUCUCCUCAACAAUAUAAUGUUAAAUCUUAUAUGGUUAAUCUUGAAACGAAGAAUUUAAUUGAAGUUCAAAAUGAUGACAGCAGUUUGACUGUUCUUGACGUAAGAAAAAAUAGAGUUGUAUUGAUGAAAACAUCUCUCACAGAACCACCACGUUUAGUUGUAGGACGAUUUGAUCCUUCAGUUGAUGCUGCAGAACUGCCAAAUUUACAUUUACUAGAAAUUACAAAACCCCUAAUAAUGCCUGAAGGAAUGGAAAAUCUUAUAAUAGAAAAUACAGAUUACACAUAUAAUUCUAAAGAAGAAGUCAAGGAAUUUAAUUACACAUACUUCGGAAAAAAAAAUACUGAAGAUAAAUCAAUGCCUUGGAUUCUUAUGCUUCAUGGUGGACCCCAUUCUUCUUACGAUAAUCAUUUUUCAAUUGAGACUUGCAUAUUAGCUAUUUUGGGAUUUGGCAUCGUGAGAGUGAAUUAUAGAGGAUCAACAGGAAUGGGCAAAAAAAACAUUGAAUACCUACAAGGUAGAAUUGGUGAAGUAGAUGUUUUGGAUUGUAUUACUGCCACUCACGACGCUUUAAAAAAGUAUCCAUGGCUUGAUCCAAAUUAUAUUGGAUUAUGUGGCGGUUCUCAUGGAGGAUUCUUAGUUGCGCAUCUUAGCUCUCAAUAUCCUGAUCUGUAUAGAGCAGUUGUUUCAAGGAAUCCCGUAAUUGACAUCGCAGCUAUGUAUACAAUAUCUGACAUCCCCGAUUGGUGUGCUGCUCAAACUGGAACACCCUUUCUUCAAACUUUACCGCCUACAACAAUGGAGACAAAAUAUUCUGAAAUAUACCUGAAGAUGUUCAAUCAUUCACCAAUCAUUCAUGCGGAUAAAGUCAAGGCUCCCACUCUACUUCUUCUGGGUAGAAAUGACAUACGAGUACCAAUUUUUCAAGGAAAAUUAUGGUACAAUCGUUUAAUAGCAAACAAAGUAAAGACAAAGAUGCUUAUUUACGAGGACAAUCAUUCUUUAUCGAGUGAUCCAGUGGAAAUGGAUAGUGUGAUCAACAGUGUACUCUGGAUGUUGGAGAACAAUUCAACAUUUAUUCCAUCAGAGGAGGAAAUUACCGUAAUCGUAACUGCUCCUGAGGAAGAGAUUAAAGAUGAAAAGGUUGAAGAGACGCCAGUUACAUCGCAGGAAGAGAAGGUCGAAAAAGAAGAAGAAAAGAAACAGAUUCAGAAGAAGAAGAAGUAAAAAAUCUCAUUUCAUAAUUAAAAAGAAUUAAAGUAAACAUUUGACAUUAUCAAAAUUUAUUGUAUCGAAAAAUAUGUAUUUUUAACCUUAAUAAAUAAGAAAUAGGAAUAUUUUACUAAUAAAGUUGAUUAACUGAAACACUAAAGUUUAUUAAGGUAUUAAUAAAUCUUAAUAUCAAAACCAAUUCAUAUAUCUUUGAUAAAAAAAAAGUUUUUACAAUUCCACACAGAAAAUUCAAAUAAUAGCUAUAUUAAAUUUUAUUGGAUUCCGUCACACAUUGGGCUUCGAGGAAAUGAGGAAGCAGACCAAUUUGCAAAAGCUGCUACAAUGACAACAUUAUAAUUGCAUAAAAAUUCCCUUCACUGACUUUUUUGAAUCUUUUAAAAAAACAUCCUAUUUACAAACGAAAUUUUUUAUUUUGGAACAAGGGCUUAAUACAGGGUUAUUCUAUUUUCAAAAUUAUUACUCAGAUAGGCGGAAACCAUGGUUUCAUGGUAAACUCCUUACUAGAAAAUAUAUAGCUUCAAUAAAUCGUUCCAGAGCUGAUCAUUACAAUUUGGCCAGCUCUUUAGCUCGGAUAGGUAUCAUUGGAAAUGCCUCUUAUUCUUGUGGCUAUGAAAAAGAAGAUAAAUCUUCUAUUUAAUGUUCUAUUUACGAAACUCAAAGAUCGAUUCUCCUAGCGAAAUUGAGGAAAAAAAAGAUAUUUCCACCUCUCAAUGUAGAAAUGUUUAUAGCGAAUCCAAAUAGUGCGGGGUGUAAUCAUAUCUUUUAUUUUUUAAACAAGUGUAAUCUAAAUAUUUAAUCAAAUGUAUGCUUUAACCUCUACUGAGGUUUCAAAUUGCUUUUAAUAAAAAAAAAGUAAAAUUUUUUUUUAACGAAUAAUCUGUAUUGUAAAUUGCAUAUUUUUAAAAUAAGUGCAAUGUGCUCUAAAAAUUAAUUUAUCUUGCCCUUUAUUUCUUCUUUUACAAAAUCUAAUAAGUUACUUAAGUUGUAUGUUUGAUACAAAAAGGCUGCUUUGAAAAAAAUAAUUGUAUAUGUACAAAAAUACUCUAAUACUACGCACAUCCAUUCACUUAAUUUUCGACCACAACCAUACAUUCUUAAUUCUAAAAGUUUGUCUAUUAAUAAUAAAUUACAAAAUAGAAAUUAAGUUUCGGCCUUGAGAAGAUAACUUCUCAAUUUAAGAAGUCUGAUUAUAAUUAUACAGCGUUUAAUCUUCUGGAAGAUUACUUACGAAAACAGAAAAAAGCGAAUUAAAA